AUGGAAAAUGAAGAAAUUAACCACCUUGAAGGCGUAUACAAGUCACUCCAGGAUAAUAUAAACAAAUUGUCAGAAAACCAAAAUAAUAUUAUAACAAAAUUCGACGUCUUAACUAAGCAUGUGGACGAAUUCAAAAAAACUCUGACGCAGUUCUCAGAUAAGAUUGCUGUUUUGGAAGAAGUAACAACAGACAGGAAAAAAAUUAAAUCUGAAAUGAAGAUCAUGAAGAAUAGGAUAGAUGAAUUGUAUGCAAUAGUUAAAGAAGGAAAGGAAGAUGAUUCAAUACCCAGUGAUCACGAGGAUGUUCAAGACAUUGAGUCCUGUCACUCGGGAUUUUCUUGCUCUUCGAAGGUAACGAUGACAACCGGACUUGACAGGGACACGAUACGUGCCGCUUAUGAAGACGUACGGUCCGAUAAUUCCCCCACAGAAUGGGCGGUGUUUAAGUUCGACGGUGCCCGCAUAGUGUGCUCGGCGCGUGGCUCCGACUUCACAGAAUUCCGCACACAGUUCUCUGACGACGAUCGUGCGUUUGGAUACCUCAGGUUGCAGAUGGGCGACGAAAUGUCAAAACGUAAGAAGUUUAUGUUCAUGACGUGGGUAGGGCCCAACGUGUCUGUCAUCAACCGCGCCAAAAUGUCAACCGACAAAGCCAUCAUCAAAGACAUCAUCUCUAAUUUUGCUGUUGAAUUACAAUUGGAAAAUCAAUCCGAAAUAGACAUCGAUCAAUUCAAAGAUGCUCUGAAUAGAGCAGGUGGAGCAAACUAUGGGACUGGAGUCAGGGAUUUAUGA